GCCACCACCUCCUCCUCCUACUCGCUUGCUGCCGGGGUUUGUAUGAAAACACCGGGCGGCUGGCGGCGAGUGACCCGUGGGGGCCCUCCGGGAGAAGCCGCCCCUGCUGCCACCGCCGCCCGAGCUGGAGCCGGAGCCGGAGCCGGAGCCGGAGGCCGCCCUUCCUUCCAGGCCCGUCCCUCUCCCCGCCCAGAGCCGAUUAUUGAAAUGAAGAAUUAUUGAAAUGAAGAAGUAACUGUCAAGAUGAACAAAUUAAAAGUGUUAUCAGAAAAAAGCCUUACUAGUAAUUCUCGGAUUGUGGCACUCCUGGCUCAGCUGGAGAAGAUCAACUUUGAAUGUUCAGAAACAGAAUCUGCCAGAUAUGUUACAUCAAAGAUUCUUCACCUGACCCAAAGUCAAGAGAAAAUCAGGAAAGAAAUGACAGCCAAAGGUUCUACAGGAAUGGAUGUUCUCCUGUCAACAUUAGAGAACACAAAAGACCUUCAGACCACACUUAAUCUCUUAAACAUUCUUGUUGAAUUGGUGUCAGUUGGUGGUAGUAGAAGAGCAAGUGCUUUAGUCUCCAAAGGUGGAACACAAAUAUUGUUGCAGUUACUUUUGAACGCCAGCAAAGAAUCUCCACCGCAUGAAGACUUAAUGAUUCAAAUUCACACCCUUCUUGCAAGAACUGGACCAAAAGAUAAAAAAUUUGGGGUGAAGUCUAGAAUUAAUGGGGCCUUAAUUGUAACUCUGAAUUUGGUGAAACAGAAUUUGCAGAAUCAACGUUUAGUGCUGCCUUGUCUUCAGCUCUUACGCGUGUAUUCUACCAAUCCUGUGAAUGCAGUAUCCUUAGGGAAAAAUGGAGUUGUGGAACUGAUGUUUAAAAUCAUUGGCCCUUUUAGUAAAAAGAACACUGGCCUUAUGAAGGUUGCUUUAGACACACUUGCUGCAUUGCUAAAAUCAAAAACAAAUGCCAGGAGAGCUGUAGACAGAGGAUAUGUCCAUGUGCUUUUAACAAUUUAUGUAGAUUGGCACCGGCAUGAUAAUCGGCACAGAAACAUGCUCAUCCGGAAGGGAAUUUUACAGAGUUUAAAAAGUGUUACAAGCCUCAAGUUGGGGAGAAAGGCAUUUAUAGAUGCCAAUGGAAUGAAAAUUCUAUACAACACUUCACAAGAUUGCUUGGCAGUCAGGACUCUUGAUCCUCUCGUCAACACGUCCAGUCUGAUAAUGAGGAAAUGUUUUCCUAAAAAUCGUCUUCCAUUACCAACUAUUAAAAGUGCUUUUCAUUUCCAAUUACCAGUUAUUCCUGUGACUGGACCUGUGGCUCAGCUGUACAAUUUACCACCUGAAGUGGAUGACGUAGUAGAUGAAAGCGAUGACAAUGAAGAUCUUGAAUUAGAAGCUGAAAAUGAAAUUGAGAAUGAUGAUGAUAUAGACCAAAAUUUUAAGAAUGAUGAUAUUGAGACGGAUAUUAACAAGUUAAAACCCAAAGAAGAAUUAGGACGACCAAUAGAAGAAUUAAAAAUGUAUGAACAUUUUUUCCAUGAACUUUCUGAUGACUUUCAGGAAUGUGAUUUAAUUGCCAAAGAACCAAAGCCCUUGGCAAAGGAAGGAAAUCUAGGUGGGCCUAUUGUUGUUCCUACAGCAGGAGAAGAGCCAUCUGUGGAGCCAAACAGUGUAAUAAAUUCAGUGAAAAAAAAUACCAUUUCACAAGGAGAGGAAGGUGAUAAACAACCUGCCUUUUUAGAUCUGGCAAAGGAAGAUAUUAAAAACAGUGAUAGUUCAUUACCACAACAGGAAGGUGAUCAAAAUAGAACAGUUAUGUCAAACCAGUAUCUCACUAGUGAUCUAGUGAAGGCCCUGGAUCGAAUAACACUGCAGAAUGCUCCCCAAACUUCCCAAAGCUUUACUGCCGGAAUAAAGAAAGAUUCCAGUCCUCACCUUACCUCUAUUUCAUGCACUAAAACAUGCCCACAUAUUUCUACUUGUGGAAAUGUGCUCUUUGAGGGACGAACUGUUCAACUAGGAAAGCUCUGCUUUACUGGAGUUGAAACUGAAGAAGAUGAUGAUUCUGCAUCUAACUCAUCAGUGGAGCAAACAUCGGUUGAAGUACCCAACAUGCCACCACUCCAUGAUUCUGAUCUGUAUGUUGAAAUUGUGAAAAAUACUAAAUCUGUUCCUGAAUAUUCAGAAGUGGCUUAUCCUGAUUAUUUUGGUCACAUUCCACCUCCAUUUAAGGAGCCUAUUUUAGAAAGACCCUAUGGUGUGCAAAGGACAAAAAUUGCUCAGGAUAUUGAGAGACUAAUUCAUCAAAGUGAUAUCAUAGACAAAGUUAUGUAUGACCUGGAUAAUCCAAAUUACGCUAUACCAGAAGAAGGAGAAAGUUUGAAAUUUAAUUCCAGAUUUGAAUCUGGAAAUCUACGGAAAGUUAUUCAAAUAAGAAAAAACGAGUAUGAUCUUAUUCUGAACUCAGAUAUAAAUAGCAAUCAUUAUCAUCAGUGGUUUUACUUUGAAGUCAGUGGAAUGCGGACAGGUAUUGGUUAUCGAUUUAAUAUCAUCAACUGUGAAAAAUCCAACAGUCAGUUUAAUUAUGGUAUGCAACCCCUUAUGUAUUCAGUUCAGGAGGCAUUACAUGCCAGACCAUGGUGGAUUCGUGUAGGUACUGACAUUUGUUAUUAUAAAAAUCAUUUCUCUAGAAGUUCAGUUGCUGCUGGUGGGCAAAAAGGAAAAUCCUAUUAUACGAUUACAUUCACUGUCACUUUCCCACAUAAGGAUGACGUUUGCUAUUUUGCUUAUCAUUAUCCGUAUACAUACUCAACUUUACAGAUGCAUCUUCAAAAAUUGGAAUCAUCACACAAUCCUCAGCAAAUCUAUUUUCGACAAGAUGUGUUAUGUGAAACUCUGUCUGGAAACAGCUGUCCUUUAUUGACUAUAACUGCUAUGCCAGAGUCCAAUUAUUAUGAAAAUAUCUGUCAAUUUAGAAAUCGCCCUUAUAUUUUCUUAUCUGCUCGAGUACAUCCUGGAGAAACUAAUUCAAGCUGGGUUAUGAAAGGAACUUUGGAAUAUCUCAUGAGUAAUAACCCUACUGCUCAGAGCUUGCGUGAAUCUUAUAUUUUUAAAAUUGUCCCUAUGCUAAACCCAGAUGGUGUCAUUAAUGGAAACCACCGUUGUUCUUUAAGUGGAGAAGAUUUGAACCGGCAGUGGCAAAGUCCAAACCCAGAUUUGCAUCCAACAAUUUACCAUGCUAAAGGUCUGCUUCAAUAUAUGGCUGCAAUUAAACGUUUACCUCUGGUUUAUUGUGAUUAUCAUGGUCACUCUCGAAAGAAAAAUGUAUUUAUGUAUGGCUGCAGCAUCAAGGAGACUGUGUGGCAUACUAAUGAUAAUGCUGCCUCUUGUGAUGUGGUUGAAGAUUUGGGAUAUAGGACCUUGCCUAAGAUAUUGAGCCAUAUUGCCCCUGCAUUCUGUAUGAGCAGCUGCAGCUUUGUAGUGGAAAAGUCUAAACAAUCUACGGCCCGUGUUGUUGUAUGGAGGGAAAUAGGAGUACAGAGAAGCUACACCAUGGAGAGUACGUUGUGUGGCUGUGAUCAAGGAAAAUACAAGGGUUUACAGAUUGGGACACGAGAAUUGGAAGAGAUGGGAGCAAAGUUUUGUGUUGGUUUAUUCCGUUUGAAAAGACUAACAUCACCAUUAGAAUACAAUCUGCCUAACAGCCUUCUUGAGUUUGAAAAUGACUUGAUUGAAUCUAGCUGCAAAGUAACAAGAUGUUCCUGUCCCAGAGGUCAAAAGUCUCUUUCAAUCUAUAACCGAAGAACAUCUGGAAUUUGCAAGCGGACACUUUCCAGAUGUCGAGUUCUCCAUGAAGAAGGAUCUGCUUGUUUAAAAAAAGAACAACAAUAACAACAAAGUUGACAUCGCCCAAAGUUCCUAGGCUACCUGCCCACUCCUAUUAUGCUUGUUAUUUUAAUAAUUUGAUAUGUUUUUAUUUUGUAAUGUAUUUAGAUGCUAUGGUGAUAAAUACUACAUAAAUGAAAACCAGGAUGGAAAAUUGUACAUAAUGAAGAACUCAUUUUAUGUCUGUUUGUAGUUGGUUUGUGAUACUAGGCCUAACUCCCCUGCAUGUUCAGAGAAUGCUUACUGAUCCAAGGGACAUGAAUGAUGCUUUCCAGGUUACACUAGAUUUUUUUUGACAAAAGUUGAUAUGUUAUCUGUAUCUUCAUGUUUAAUUAGCUAUCUUAUAUAUGGUGAGUCAAUUGUCUAGAGGAGCAAACCUUGUGAUGAAAGGGCUCUGUUAUUCCCACUAGCACCAGUACCAACUACUCCCAGUGGGAUAGAUAAGCCAGAGAAUUGUGGGAACAACAGAACUCCUCCUCUCUCCAGAUGACCAGGCUUACUUUUAGUUCAGCUUUAACAAAACCAUUGUCCAGAGGAGUAAAUAUAAAGAAAGUAGACUUGCUGUUCUUACCCUCAGCAAAACCAGUUGCUGACCAACUUCUCCUCGUGAUUGGGAAGCCCAGGAUCCCUGGGAAUGGCAACUCUCCCCAAACCAUCAGUCCUGAUUCUAGUUGAGCCCUUAACAGAGAAACUGGCCAGGAGUGUAACCUUGUGAAUAUUUAUGUCGGCAACUAACUAGAGAUUUUGUAAUCCUUUCCUUCAAAACAGUUACGACUACUAGAAGAUCCAGAAAAGCAAGUUCUUAACUCUGGUGCCAUCAAAAUUUUCAUCAUCAGAAAUAGAUAUGAUUUUAUCAUUGGAAAUGACCUUAAAGAAGAUUCAUUGCUGUUUUUAACCACUGCAAUGUAAGAAUAGCAGAUGAAGCUUUUCCAUCAGACUUGUAGCUAAAUCUUUCUGCAUGUGUUUUCUUUCUCUAUUUGAAUGUUAGCUCCCUGAGAAUUUGUCAUUCCAGCACUUAAAAUAGCACUUUACACAAAAUUAGCACUUUGCUAAUGCUUUCUCAUUCAUUCAUUGAUUCAUAUUUAAAUCUGAGUCCAGAUAAUACGUCCACUCAAAGUGCAUGCAGAGAGGACUCUUGUCAAUAGCAUAUGAGGAGUUCUAUAAAAAAUGUCAGUAAUUUUAUGCCUCUUCUUCUUCCUCCAUCCAUAUAGUCUGCAAGGGUGGAAGGGAUUACACAUAUUUAAAAAUAUGGAUGUAUAUGUAUAUAUAUUACAUUAUCAUAUAUACAUACAAAAACAAAUUUAUAUGUAUAUAUAAAAUCUGAGAUCAGAGGCUGCUGGGAAAGAGCAGCAUGGAGUAGUUUAGGGCUCCUGGGUUAUGGUAAUGAAAUAAAGAUAACUUUGGAGGCAGGGAUGGCAGCAGCAAAGAACAAAGCACCGAGCAAGUGCUGUGUGAAAGUACUAUAGGAGACAGAAGCGAGAGGGAAUGGAGAGAAAUGAACAGCACACUAAAGUGUGUGGAGAGACAGACAUUGAGACUCCACAGGGAAACAGGCAGUCAGAGAUGAUAAUGACACAUCUCUUAAGCAAGUUCCUCAAAUCACACUCCUGGGGUUUUUCCUAUUGCUACUUAUAAGCUUUAUUGCAGAGGGCUAUGGCAAAUAUUUGGAAAACUGUGGAGAACAGAAUGGAAAAAGGGAACAUGUUCCCAAUUUUCAAAAGAGAAAAGAGAAUCCAACUUGAAAACUAAAAGCCAGUGAGUUUGACUUUAAUUCUUUUAGAAAUUAUAGAAUUUGUUAUUUUUAAAAAGAAAUAGUUUAUUUUUACAAUUUUGAACAUUCCCCCCACUGUUUUUCAACUAAUGUUAUGUAGAAAAAUAUUUAUAUUAUAGGAACUUUGAUAUUCCCAAUGGAAAAUGAAUUGUAUUGUUGCACAUCUGGUUUUCCUCUUAUUCUGUUCCUUGUUCUCCCUCAUAAUUGUAAUGAUAUUCAUAAUUUAAAUGUUUUAAUGGAUAUUUUAUUUUAUUCUUAUUUUUUCAAUUAAUGAUCAUUUAUUCUCUCUUCCUCACCUCCUACUCCAAUUAAAUAGAACACAUUCCUGAUAGCAAAGAAGUAGUCAAGAAAAAGAAAUUUUUGCAUUAGCCAUGUACAAAAAUAUAUGUCUAUUAUGAAUAAAACACUCAAAAGAAGGAACAAAAUGAUAUCUCAACCUCCAACUCUAAUUUAAUAACAAAAAGAUAUGAAAGCUUUAUCAAAAAUAGGUUGUGCUAGACUAAACUCAUUUCUUUUUCUGAAAGUGUUACCCAAAUGACUUGGUCAGUAAAGAGCUGCAGAUAUAGCUUGCCUAAAUUUUAGCAAAGCAUUUGAUAAAGGUUCUCAUUUGAUAAAGACUGAUUUUUCUUUUAGAAAAGAUGGAGAAAUAUGGACUAUACAAUAGUAGAGUUUGAUGGUUUUAAACAUUUGAAUGGACAUACUCAAAGGUCUUCAGUGGAAUUCUUUGUAGUGUUACAUUUUUAUCAAUGAUUUGGGUAAAAGUAUGAUACAUGCCAUAGAAGUAAAAACCAUUAUGUAUCCUUGCCCAAUAGGCUGAAUUUAUUUAUUACUCUAUCUCUCUCUCUCUCUCCUCCCCACCCCUAAAGUCAGGGAAACUUUUACUAAGACUUAUUAGUCUGGUUAACUAUAGCUUGAGCUGUUAACAUGGCUUCACAGCUGUCUGGGGCAUAAAAAGGCCAGUCUUUAAGGAACUAAUGCUCUUCACACUUAAUAGAUUUCCCACUGCCAUAGAAGUCAAUAUACUCUCCUGGUUAUAUAAGUUUCUGUAUGGAUAUGAGGGAGAUUGCAUUAACCUGAAUCUGUACCUCAUUCUUGCUGAGUAUACUUUCCUGUACUGCAUCCUUGCUGAUUAUAUUUCCCUGUGCUGCAUUGUUGAUAAUUAUAUUUCCUUGUGCUGCAUUCUUGUUAAUUAUACUUCCAUGUGCUGCAUUGUUGAUAAUUAUAUUUCCCUAUGCUGCAUCCUUGCUGAUUAUACUUCCACGUGCUGCAUUGUUGAAAAUUACCUGUGCUGCAUCCUUGCUGAUUACACUUCUGUGUGCUGCAUUGUUAAUAAUUAUAUUUCCUUGUGCUGCAUCCUUGUUAAUUAUGCUUCCAUGUGCUGCAUUGUUGAUAAUUAUAUUUCCCUAUGCUGCAUCCUUGCUGAUUAUAUUUCCCUGUGCUGCAUUGUUGAUAAUUAUAUUUCCCUGUGCUGUAUCCUUGCUGAUUACAUUUCUAUAUGCUGCAUUGUUAAUAAUUAUAUUUCCUUGUGCUGCAUCCUUGUUAAUUAUACUUCCAUGUGCUACAUUGUUGAUAAUUAUAUUUCCCUAUGCUGCAUCCUUGCUGAUUAUAAUUCCCUGUGCUGCAUUGUUGAUAAUUAUAUUUCCCUGUGCUGUAUCCUUGCUGAUUACAUUUCUAUAUGCUGCAUUGUUAAUAAUUAUAUUUCCUUGUGCUGCAUCCUUGUUAAUUAUACUUCCAUGUGCUACAUUGUUGAUAAUUAUAUUUCCCUAUGCUGCAUCCUUGCUGAUUAUAUUUCCUUGUGCUGCAUUGUUGAUAAUUAUAUUUCCCUGUGCUGCAUCCUUGCUGAUUAAAUUUACAUGUGCUGCAUUGUUGAUAAUUAUAUUUCCUUGUGCUGCAUCCUUGUGAAUUAUACUUCACGUGCUGUAUUUUUGAUAAUUAUAUUUCCCUGUGCUGCAUUCUUGCUGAUUAUACUUCCAUGUGCUACAUUGUUGAUAAUCAUAUUGCCCUGUGCUGCAUCCUUGAAUAUAUUUUCUUUGUGCUGAUUAAAUAAACUUUAUAUUCAGGGUUAGAUGGCUUGCAAUUGUCUCAUUUCUUUCUAUCAUGAGCUUGAGCUGCUGGCUACAACAGUGUGCUUAUCAAAUUUUCAGUUUGUACAAAGCACUUUGGCAUCUUUGAAAGCAUGGCAUAAUUUCCAAAAUGGGAUCUGGCCUGAUCUCUUGCUGUUUCCUUUUGGGUCCAGCUCAUUUGCCCCUUAUAUGUAUCUUGCCAAGACAAUAUGAAAAAUUUGUAUGACUGGGUGAAGGCUAGACACUGAUUGCAGUUGUAACUUGUUCACAAUAGGAGCAGGAAAUGUGAAAGAAAAGGAAUAUAAAGGUUAAGAGGCUGAAGGAAAAAAAGCAGUGAUUUUCAGAGAAAAUCCCCAAAUAUUACAAAUAUUUUAAUUGUAUAAUAUAGUAAGGACCCUAGGAAAUGGGAGGCAUCCAUAAAGGGGGAAAAGACUUAAUAUGGAUUUAAGAUAGAGGUUCUUAAGUGUUUUUGUGUCAUGGAUCCUUUUGGCAGAAUCUGGUGAAGCUUUUGGAGCCCUUCUCAGAAUAAUAUUUUUAAAUGAAUAAAAUAAAAUACACCAAAUUAUAAAGGAAUCCAAUUAUAUUAAAACAUAAUCAUUAAAAUAUAUUUUUUCAAAAGUUCCCAUGAUAAGAACCCUUGACUUAAAGGCAAUUACA